AUGCCCGCUCGGCCCGUCGCCGUGGCCCUUUCCACCGUCAUGGCUGGGUCGGCUCUCAACCUGCUCGACGCGACCGUCCCCGACGCCUGCAAGCGCAUGUGCGAGCCCGUCGCGCUGCUCUCGGGCGCCUGCACGCGCGCCGAGGUCGACGUGUUUCCGCCGCUCGCAGACGUCCCCUGCCCAGAGGACCCCGCGUCCGACGACGGCGCCGAUGGGGAUGGGCCUCCAAUAUCAGUCUGGGCGCCGCCGAGAGUGCCCACCAACCGCACCCUGAUCCUCAAGAUAUCCUUGCCGCUUUCGCGGACCAUGAUCUUGGCCCCUGGCGCCGUUGGUGUCGCCGACCCGAGCGGCCUGCUGGUGUCACUACUCAACAUCACUCUCCCCCUGCCAAGAGGCAAAGGAAAAGGCAAGGGAAAGGGCAAGGGCAGUGGCAAGCCACGUCCCACCAGCACUCCUUGCAAGGCCGAGCGUCAGCGCCUCGAGAAGGCCUCCUUCCGGAGCGCCUGCUACUGCCAGAACCAGAGUUUCGACGUCGCCCAGAUAUCUGGCCUAUGCGCCAACUGUAUCCUCCAGCAUCGGUGCGAUGGCCCAGGGGGUCGGAGAGCGGCGUUCGACUCGCGAAGAAUCUUGGCGCAAUGCGGUUUUCCGCAAGCCUCCUUCACCCCAGACUCGGCAAAGCUGGUCGACGGCAUCACCAUCAUCGCCCUGUUGCCCACCCGCGUCGCAUCUCCGCCGGGCGGGAGCACGACGACAGGGCCCUUCUUCGCCCCGGCCGCGGCAACGCGCACUCCUACCCCAGCUACGUCAUGGUCCAGCGUGAGGAGGAACCCAGAGGUGCCGACAAUUACCGCCAUUUACGUCCCAGCCCCGGAGCAACAAAGGAGCGGAAGCGCACAUCCGAUCUCGAUUUCGAUUUUGCAUUUGACACUUGUUCACCUUGUCGUCCUGGGCGCUUGGCUUGCGUAA